UUGCGGAAGAAACUUGUUGAUCCAUUGAACCCAUGUUGGCACUAGCAUCGUCGACAGUUGCAGGUUGGAGGGGAAGUGCACCGUCUGCGUCGUCUUUGUCGCUUUCCGCUACCGAAUCAAUAGUGUCGAUGGAAUCUGUCACGAUCACAACUGGCGCAUUGCUGUUCUCAUCUUGGUUUUGGCGAUAUUGUUGUUGAAUGGCCUCUUGCAAUUCGUUGUUAGCAAUCGCAGCUUCGAAAGAUUCUUGGAAAGCAAUCAAUUCUUCUGUCAUCGUGGAGGGGUCUAAUACGAACUCAUCUACCUCGCUGGUGUUGUAAUUGUGGUAGCUGUUAUAGUUUCCACCCGCGCCAAAUUGGGUCUCGUUCACGUCGAUGGGAACCGCGUUCAAGUAGAGUCCGAUCGACGCAGUCACGUCUUGGCAAUUUGUAUACCUUUCUGAAGGACAGGCUGUGGUUUGUACGCAAUGGCAGUGAAAUUUUGGGUUUACAAGAAGAUAGACGAAACAGGUAUGUGAGUAGAGGACGAUAAAUGUUUCCCACAAGAGAAAAUAGUUUGAAACUAUCGACUAGCAUGUCGUCCUCUCGCUUCGGAAUACAACAAGCGCCAAACAGUUGAAGUCAAUUUGUUGGGACCCGAUUCAAAACUCACGUGCCGGAAAGUAGCCAUCGACCUGUGCACUAACACCCCGGACAACUGUCCCCGGAAAGUAGUCAGGCGCCAAACGUGUGGCCAGCGAGUCCAUACCGUCCUGUAGAUUCUUUAGGUAGUUCCCACUGAGAUCGGGAUACACUACGGAUGCUACAUACGAGACUCUCGCCACCUGGUCUGGAAAGUACGAAAGGCUUCCAACCCCUGUCCUCAUAGACGAAGGCAACCGCGUUGUGCCAUUCUCGCGAAUACCUUGGUCACUAGAUUCGGAGUCUGCUGGCGUGGAGGACAGCGAGGUAGCCCAUCGUUCCUCCCCGUCCUUCCUGGGGUUGAGAGGAAUCUUCUUCAUUGUUCUUCUGCUGAUUGGUUGUGCGGAGCUAUACUGACCGGAAUAACGUGAUGCUCGAUGCGCAAAGGCAGCCUCCUCGUCGUCGUUUCUCUCGGAAGUUCUCACUGUAAUAGCUACUCGGCCAGGAUUCACUGCGACGGAGAUUUUGUUCAGUCGUCGAUGCACUACGUAGCGAACCUUGUCGAUGGAGGUACCUCCCUCCACUGCUACUAAGCUCUCUGCUACAAGUGGAAAUGAGCUGACGGGCGUUUGGCGCGAACCGCCGUAUGCUGUGCCUCUUCUCGUUCUAUACCGGGCACUAGCAAAAUGGAGUUACUCUCCAAGAGUACUUCGCGAUUCCGGCUUUACUUGUACGGUUCCCACUGCAUUCGCAAUCGUAUUGCAAGAAGACACACACACAAACAAACUUUUUCUGGGACUCAGAGGCAGAUACAAAUGCAGAUAAGCCAAAUGGUGAGAGUUGGAUCUUUCUGUUCUUUUUUGUCGAACCAACACUACCCGCACGGUAUUAUUUUAGUUCGGGACCUUUUUGAAGUGGCACGGCUGCUUCUCAAGUUUUUGGUUCAGGAAUUUUUGAAUUGCUUCGACUAAUUCGCACCUCAUGCACCUCCUUCUACAAAUCGGUGCGGAAGGAAGUGGCGGGUAAAUACGGUACUAGGAGUCGAAUCGACCUGUUUAUUGAACUAAGUUCGGGUUAGAUUUAAAAAAUGAGCUAACACGAUUGAUUUCACAUGAUAUCACUCAUUCCAACGCCUGCCUCUCUGUGAAUUAUUAGCUGUAAAUCUGCAACUCCGUGUUUCUCUGCGUGCGCGAAAUCAUAACGGUCAAGCGCUUUCGAAAGUUUCCCGAAAUAUAUUUAUGGUUAGGGUUUACUUACUCAUUGUGCGAGGACUAAUUCCCAAGUUUUUUUGAAUCCAAAUUAGCAAGAUUCAUUCUGGGAUGGGAUGAGUCGUUUUUGUGAAAUCCCGCUUUCAAAAUGUCUGUGGCAUGUGCUUCCAAAUUCCAAACUCUGAGAGUCUGAGAGGGCCGGCAGGUACGUCCUACUGUUUUUACGUACGAUACUGGACUCUAUGAGUUCAACAACACACAUAUUAAUACCGUACCGUUUAAAAAACGUUAUGAAAAAUGUGAGCACGCACCGUACGCAUCAAAAUCUGAGGCACUGCAUUACUCCAGAGCAUCUUGUUUCAUUCCUUAUAAUACUGUAUGAAAACUCAAAUUCAACGAAAGGAUGAAAGUCAAGCAGAUCUUUACUUGUCUAUUGGCAAUAGAGUUGCCUAUAUUGGCGGUGGCCAAGUUCCAAGGCAUAGUCAUCGAGGAUGACGAGAAAAAGUUUAGUUUAAACCUCGACGGCGAUCUGACCAUCGCACUUUCAGACAGUUUCGGAAGAGUUGUGGACGACGGUGCAUCUGCAAAAAACGAUUCUACACAAAAGGGGAUUCGCGGGACGAAGAAGUCGAAGAAAGAAAAGAAAGAAGAAAAGAAACAAGAGAAGAAGAAACAGAUCGAAAUUAAAGAUGGCAAGAACGCCAAGAAAAAGCGCUAAUGUUUGAGAAAAGUUCUCGUAAACAGAAUAUAUUGCAACCGAAGGCGUCUUCCACGAACUCAAAGGCGCAAUUGGCGAUCCUAUGCGAGUUCUAGCGCCAACAAGGGUUCUGUAUGCAGAGCCAAUAUUUUCAAAAGCACACCGAGAAAAUUCCCACCAAAAUACGUUCUCUUCUCACAGGAAACCAACCACCUGCCACGGCCUACCGUCCUUUCCCCGAACGCCCCCGAUCCGUCCCAGGAAGCACCUCGACUCGUUACUAUAGACCAAUUCCACUACCUCAUAUCAAGGCGGCUGUCUCAUUACCAUCAAGAAUCUUAGUUGGGACCGAACAAGGAGAAAGGCAAAGAAAUCUUUUUCACUACCAUCGACAUCGCUAUUUUGAGGCACCCUAAUUGUAUCCAUCAACACCUAGAAGUGCAAAUUUUUCACUCCCACACCUUUCAGCUAUUGUUGCAGGACAAACUACCCACGCACACAUGCAAGUAUAGAAUUUCUAUAGAGCUCUCACCAUCAUAUUGGUAUUCAUUCAUCAUACAAUUAAGUCCUGAUUAAAUUCUACAUGUUAUU